AUGGCAGCCAAGAUGGACACCAAUCCUCGGGGUAUCCCCAAAUCUCCCUUUGUUGAACGCGUUGAAGACUAUGUAUCCGAUGCCGAACCUGCCGAAGUCGUCUUGCGUAAAUUCCAAGAAGCCAUCAGCAAAUACAAGUUUAUGGAAGUCAACCUGUUACAACGUCGCAAAGUGCUCGAAGACAAGAUACCAGAGAUCGAAAAGACGAUUGCCAUGGUCGAGUUCUUGACUGAGAAGCAACAAGGUGGUGAACCAGUGUACACGGAUUAUGAAUUGAAUGAUACAUUGUAUUGCAAGGCCAAGGUCGAGCCAUCAGGCACUGUGUAUCUUUGGUUGGGCGCCAAUGUCAUGCUUGAAUAUACCUUUGAUGAAGCCAAGGAUUUGUUGUCAUCCAAAUGUGAAACAGCAAAGACAUCUUUGAAGAACACUAUCGAGGAUUUGGAGUUUUUGCGAGAUCAAAUUACGACCAUGGAAGUUAACACUGCACGAGUAUACAAUUGGGAUGUCAAGCAACGACGACAAGCACGGGAACAAGGAGCAAAAUAG